AGUGGAUUUGAAACACUGCUCCUAAAUGUCAGCAUCCUUUUGGGUGCUUUCAAAAUAGCCUAAAGCUCAUGUCCAAAACAAAGGAAUAAGACGGUGGUUGCUCGUCAGUUCACCCAGGAGGCCCACAGCAACAUCUUCACUUGAGGAUCUCUGAAGUUUGUCAAGAUCCCUGGAUGCCCCACGGCGCUCCGUCCUCGGCCGCGCAGUGCUUCCCAAUGGCCGGCAGUUGACCCCGCCCCCCAGGAUGACGCUGCGCGAGCAGCUGAGACAGAAGAUCUCGGCGGCUUUCUACCGCCACGGGCUGCUGUGCGCCUCCUACCCAGUACCCAUCAUCCUCUUCACCUCUGCCAGCAUCCUCACCUGCUGCUAUCCGUUAUUGAGGCUCCCCCUGCCUGGGACGGGUCCUGUGGAGUUCACCACAGGGGUGCGAGACUACAGCGUCCCUUCCCAUGAGCCUCAGGGAGACCUCGGAGAGCGGCCCGACUGGUACCGGGGUCCUCCGGUGGCCUACAUCCAGCAGGUGUUGGUGAAGGCGGCGGUGUCUCCGUGGGACAGUAGCCUGGUGCCGGUGGACGUGUUUCGGUCUCCGCUGAGUCGAGCCUUCAGCCUGCUGGAGGAGAUCCGCAACCACGUGCACUCAGACAGCUCCGGCGUUCGCAGUCUGGAGUCGCUCUGUCUCCAGGUGACGGACCUGUUUCCGGGGUUACGGCGGAUGCAGUCGGUGCUGCCGGAGCAUGGCUGCCUGCUCGUCUCCCCCGGCAACUACUGGCAGAACCAGCAGGAGCUGUUCGACUCGGACCCCGACCUCCUCAAGACCAUCCAGAAACACGAACCCAAAGGCCUCAGCACGUCGGCCACGCUGCGAGACCUGCUGUUUGGCGUCCCUGGGAAAUACACUGGGGUCAGUCACUACAACAGGAAGAGGGUGGUGACGUACACCAUCACUAUAGUGCUGUCCAACUACGAUGCGAGGUUCCUGAGUAGCCUGCGGUCCCGUCUGAAGCAGCUCCACCCGUCAGCCAACUGCAGCCUGAGAGACGACCACAUGGUGCACGUCCAUUUCAAAGAGGAGAUCGGCAUCGCAGAGCUCAUCCCGCUCGUCACCACCUACAUCAUCCUGUUCGCCUACAUCUACUUCUCCACACGAAAGAUCGACAUGGUGAAGUCUAAGUGGGGUCUGGCUCUGGCCGCUGUGGUCACCGUGCUCAGCUCUCUGCUCAUGUCUGUGGGACUCUGCACGCUGUUUGGACUCACACCCACGCUCAACGGAGGGGAGAUUUUCCCUUAUCUGGUGGUGGUGAUCGGCCUGGAGAACGUCCUGGUCCUCACCAAAUCCGUGGUGUCCACUCCCGUCGACCUCGAGGUCAAACUCCGCAUCGCUCAGGGCCUUAGUAAUGAGAGCUGGUCUAUCAUGAAGAACAUGGCCACUGAACUGUGCAUCAUCCUCAUCGGAUACUUCACUCUGGUGCCGGCUAUCCAGGAGUUCUGUCUGUUUGCUGUGGUGGGGCUGGUGUCUGACUUCUUCCUGCAGAUGUUCUUCUUCACCACGGUGCUAUCGAUAGACAUCCGACGCAUGGAGCUGGCUGAUUUGAACCGCCGCCUCCCAGCUGAAGCCGGACUCCCGCCUCCCAAACCCGGCCCGCUGCGUCCACGUGAAGCCCCACCUCCCCCACGGCCUUCCCCCCACACCAUCACCCUGCAGACCCCCGCUUUCAGGAACCUGAGGCUCCCCAAGAGGCUGAGGGUGGUCUACUUCCUGGCCCGCACUCGCCUGGCUCAGCGCAUCAUCAUGGUCGGCACGGUUAUCUGGAUCGGCAUCCUGGUCUACACCGACCCGGCUGGAAUACGCACCUACCUGGCUGCACAGGUGUCGGAGCAAAGCCCCCUGGGAGAUCCCGGAGGAGGCGGCCUGCCCCCUCACCUGGGCGUGGCCCCUGUGUUUCGUGGAGUCGACCCCACCAGCACCCUGAGCAUCCACCCCGCACCAGAUCCAACCCCCUUACCGGACAACCAAUCACAGGGCCACCAUGGCGCUGCCAGGGCGGGGCCUCUCCCCCAGCCUCCGCCGCCGCCCGCCGUGCCUCAGAUCACCUGGGGGGCCGAGGACGAGGAGGGCUGGAGGAGGCUGUCCUUCAGGCACUGGCCGUCGCUCUUCAGCUACUACAACAUCACGCUGGCCAAGAGGUACAUCAGCAUCCUGCCCGUCAUUCCCGUCACCGUUCACCUCAGCCCCCAGGAGGCCAUCGAGACACGUCACCCUCAGGACACGAGGCACCCCCCUCCCUCUAUACCCAAGGUCUCUGCAGACCUACAGACGGACUUCACCCUCUACAAGGUUGCGGCUCUGGGUCUGGCGGCGGGCGUCCUGCUGGUGCUGCUGCUCUUCUGUCUCUACCGGGUCCUCUGCCCGCGUAACUACGGCCAGAACGGGGUCUCUCACGGGCGCCGGCGCCGAGGGGACCUGCCCUGCGACGACUACGGAUACUCGCCCCCCGUCAGCGAGAUCUCCCCGCUGCUGCUCAGGGGCCACAGCAUGGACAUCGAGUGUUUGGCCAGUGACGGGAUGCUGCUGGCCAGCUGCUGCCUGGCGGGACAGAUCCGGGUCUGGGACGCUCAGACUGGAGACUGUCUGACCGUCAUCCCACACCAGGGGCUGAGGCGCAGCAGCAGCAGCAGUGGCUGCUGGGAGCAGCGGGACGGCUGGGACGGCGUGGGCGGAGCCUCCGAGUUGGAGUGUCUGGGCUCUGAAACCUCCCUCAGUGACGGGCUCUUGGAGGAGGACGGCUUCCCGCUGAGGCGCCGCUCUGCCCCCGCCCGUCCGACUCUGUUCAACGACCAGCCCGACCUCACGCCGCUCAUCGACACCAACUUUGCCUCCCAGCCCCCCUCCCACCUCUUCACCCCGCCCCGGGACGGCUUUGACUUCGGAGGUCUGGUGGAGCGCGCCUACAUGGAGCACGAGCCCCCCUCCCCCUCAGCGUACCCCUCACCUUCCUCAGCCUCGUCCUCGCCGCCCUCAGGGGCCCCGGGGCUCCAGAGGAGACCAAGCUUAGGGGACGCAGCCGCCUCCCUGACCCCAGAGAGAGGCUCCGCAGCGGGGGCGACGGCGGACUGGGAGAGCUCCGUCUGGGCUCUGGAGCUCCGAGGGAACCUGAUCGCUGCGGGGAGGAGCAGCGGGAAACUGGAGUUAUGGGACGCAGUGGAGGGGUCGCUGCGCUGCGUUAAUGAAGACGGAGUCUCUGGAAUCACAGCUCUAGCCUUCCUCAACAACAGAAUCGUAGCGGCUCGGCUGAACGGAUCUCUGGAUUUCUUCACUGUUGAGAUAAACAAGCCUCUGGGUCUGCUGCAGUACAGAGGUGCUCCUGGGCGAGGCAGCAUGCCCCCCUCCCCCUGUUACAGCAGCGAGGAUGUGAUCAGCUGUCAGCUGACGCGCUCCGUACAGUGCGCUCACCAGAAGCCAAUCACGGUGCUGCGAGCGGCGGCCGGCAGGGUGGUGACCGGCAGCCAGGACCACACCGUCCGGAUUUAUCGUCUGGAGGACUCGUGCUGCCUCUUCACCCUGCAGGGUCACUCUGGAGGGAUCACAGCCAUCUACAUAGACCAGACGAUGGUGCUGGCGAGCGGCGGGCAGGACGGAGCCAUCUGCCUGUGGGACGUCCUGACGGGGAGUCGUGUGAGCCAUGUUUACGGUCACCGGGGCGACGUCACCUCGUUGGUCUGCACCACCUCCUGCGUCAUCAGCUCGGGACUGGACGACCUCAUCUGCAUCUGGGACCGGAGCACCGGCAUCAAACUGUACUCCAUACAGCAGGAGGCGGGCUGCGGGGCCAGCCUAGGGGUCAUCUCCGAGUCUCUGCUGGUGACGGGGGGCCAGGGCUGCGUCUCCUUCUGGGACCUGAACUUCGGGGACCUGCUGCAGACGGUGUACCUGGGCCAGAGCAGCGACGGGCAGGGCGUCCGGCAGCUGCUGGUGCUCGACAACGCCGCCAUCAUCUGCGACUUCGGCAGCGAGCUCAGCCUGGUGUACGUGCCCUCGGUGCUGGAGAAACUCGACUGAGGGGAGACGGAGAAAAGGUCGGGAACAGAAACUCAAAACUCUCCCCCUUCACCGACUCUUUUUUUGCUCUCUUGUUUUGUUUGUGACGCCCAAAGGAGAGACCGUUUGUCGGACAGUUCCCAUUUGCAUACAGGGCUGUUUCUAUUUUCCGUUAUUGUAGUACGAGCCUGGAUGUAAGAAAACGGACUGAUUGUGCGACCUGCUGCAUUUUAUCGGAGGAGGGAGCGUCACAGACUCUCGAUAAUGAAUCGUUGACAUUUAACGACUGUCCGUUCACGAUCAGCUGGAUGUUUAACGAGGAUCCACCGGUCACCAGUUUGUGCUUCUGUUUUUUUUUUUUACGCGUGUGUUUAUUUUGUGGCUCUGCCCUCUAUGCUGCUUAUACGGGUGAGGCUGUACUGAGUCCUCACCCGCCCAGAGAGGAAGAUAAAACUGUCUCCUUAUUUUUUAAUAUUCCUGCUGCCUCUUUUCGCAGCUGUACAGGUCUACGGCCUGUCAGGAGCAGCUGCCCAGUAAUGAGUGUGUGUGUGUGUGUGUGUGUGUGUGUGAGAGAGACUGAAUGAAGGCCCCUUUUUAUGGCGAAACACUGCUGAGAACAAACAUUAAAAUGGUCAUGUGUGCGACGGUGUGUGUGUGAGGGAGAACUGAUGAUUACUGUAUAAAGUUAACCUCCAGUAGGGGGCUGUUUUUAUAUGUAUAAAUCUAUUAUUUAUUAGCGAUACAGUUUUGAAUAACAGUUUGUUUAUGAAUGGCUAAUCCCGGCUCUGAAACAACGAUAUAACAAUGUGGGGAUGACGACGUAAAUGUAACAUGGCGAUGAUCUGUUGGGCGGGGUUGGGGCAUUGGUUAUGAAAUGGUUAUUUGUAAUAUUGAACUGGAAACACUGAUGUUUUUGGAGUUUGGGGGCUGGGGGCCUCUGAUCCUGGGUUACUGAUUCUGAGGGGGAGGGGCCCUGCGUGCUACACCUUCAUCAGCCUACCUCCAUUUUCCAAUCUGCUUGAAUUUUGGACGAGAAUACUGACUUUUUUCUGCACAGGCUGUCGUAUUUUUUAAUAAAUCGUGCCCUUUUUAGAGAUUUUUUUAAAUAACUGUUUACUGUAAACUUAAAAUCUUGGUUCCUGGAUUUUUAUUUCCCCCACUAAUAAGGACACAUCCUAGAACCUAAUCGCCUGAAGCGAAAAUGUGAACAGAUAUCCGUUAUUAUAAUCCAGCAGCACCUGCGGUCUCUUUUUAUAAACAUGGCUAUUUAAUGCCCCUAUAAGCUAAUAAUACGUAACAAUAUUUACACGGAUGCUUUCAUUAUCAGUUAGCAGCGGUGUGGUUAAUAUUUUUACAUUUUUUGAUUUUUCUACACUGCCUUUUUAGAGAAAAGAAUCAUAGAUUUGAUUAGAGUUUACUGAUCAUUGAUUAAUUAUCCUAAAAUCUGAUGUAUUUACAAUUAAAACAUUCCUUUGACAAUUAUAACAUUACUUUGCAAGGUACACACAACCAAAGUGAGUCUGCAAUAGUAGAAUUUGAACACUGUUUGUGUGCUCCUACCAUACUUUUCUAUUUACUGUUACGGUGCAAACAUUUUGAUUAAUCGCAGACAUUCAUGAGGCAUAAAGCAUUUCCACUAGGUUCACAUGACAUGCAUAACACCAUUCUGCCUCAAAGUAAGGAAACUUAUAUUUAAUCUGUGAUUGCUUUGAGAUGUGUUUGUAUCAUGUGAUGCUUUGAAAAUGUUCUGUGCCUGAUAAAGAUCUAUGUUUGACUGAAAUGCUGCACACAAA